AUGGAGAGCCUUGAUGGGAUUUCCAUCCCCCGCGAUGCGGCCGAAGAUCGCAGUGUUGGUCAUCUUGAUGGCGGCCGUUCUUCCAGAGCAUCUCGGGAUGGUAGCAGCUCUCCAGACUCUCCGAUUGACUUCAAUUUUCCUUAUGCAGACACCUCCUUUACCUCUGGCUCGAGCAGCAAGCUGGCUGGCGACCAGCCCGAAUCAGCGUUGCGGAGCCUUCUCGACUUGGAAGACGAUCGGAAGUCCCCCCGCGCGGCCUCACCGUUCCCCUCGCUGCCCUUCAGCGCCCCAUCAGCUCCCACGGCCCCUAUGAGCGAGGAGGUCGAGGAAGCUGAAGAUGAAGAGCCGCAGGUUGCAACCUCCUUCGAGCGGGACUCGACACCCACGUCGGCACAAAAGCAGCGAUCUGCGUUCUUCGACACGGGCGGCGAAGAGGGGAUCAACCGCAUGCACAAAUUCUCGCUGUACGAGACAGCCACCCGCUUCUACAUGGUCGGCAUGGACUUGUCGGACACCCGCUUCCGGAUCCUGAAGAUCGAUCGGACCUCUGAGUCGGGCGAGCUGAUCAUCUCCGAGGAUGACAUCGUGUACAGCAAGCGGGAGAUGAGCCAGUUGUUGGAUACCAUCGACGACGGCAAUAAGAGCUCGGGCGGACUAAAGCUUAAAUGCAGCGCCUGGGCUAUGCUGGGAUUCAUUCGCUUCACGGAUGCUUAUUACAUGCUCCUAGUGACGAAGAGAAGUCAGGUUGCCAUGCUCGGUGGUCACUACGUCUAUCAGAUUGAUGGAACUGAGUUGAUCUCGUUGACGACGUCCAGCUCAUCUCGCCUGCGACCGGAGAAGAAUCCUGAGGAGGCAAGGUACAUUGCGAUCCUGAAUAACCUUGACUUGACCCGGUCGUUCUACUUCAGUUACUCUUACGACAUUACCCAUACUCUGCAGCGCAAUAUCUGCCGGGAGCGCAAAGCUAAUCAUGCGGGACAGCCCAAGACAUCCCAGCAGGAUUACAAUCCCAUGUUUAUCUGGAAUCACCAUCUUCUCACCCCGGCUCUUACCAAGUUACGCAACCCUUGGGAGUGGUGUCUUCCGAUCAUCCAUGGCUAUGUCGAACAGGCCAAACUUUCAAUCUACGGGCGGAUUGUGUACAUAACCAUUAUUGCCCGUCGUUCUCGGUUCUUUGCUGGCGCUCGUUUUCUGAAAAGAGGAGCGAAUGACUUGGGAUAUGUGGCCAAUGACGUCGAAACGGAGCAAAUUGUCUCUGAUAUGGCGGCUACGUCGUUCCAUGCGCCCGGUCCGCUGCUCUACGCUAAUCCGCUCUAUACAUCAUACGUCCAGCAUCGUGGCAGUAUCCCGCUCUAUUGGACUCAGGAGAACUCCGGUGUUUCCCCCAAGCCAGACAUUGAGCUGAAUUUGGUCGACCCGUUCUACUCUGCUGCGGCUUUGCAUUUCGACAAUCUGUUUGAAAGAUACGGUGCUCCAGUCUACGCAUUGAACCUGAUCAAAGCUCGAGAACGGACCCCACGCGAGUCGAAACUUCUCAAGGAAUACACCAAUGCCAUUCAGUAUCUCAAUCAGUUCCUUCCUGAGGAUAAGAAGAUCAUUUAUCAACCUUGGGACAUGAGUCGCGCUGCGAAAAGUCGCGAUCAAGAUGUUAUCGGGACACUCGAGGAUAUUGCCGGGGACAUUAUCCCAAAGACCGGCUUCUUCCAGAAUGGUGUCGAUGCGGAGUCUGGGCUUCAACUGCAGAACGGAAUAGCGAGGACCAACUGUAUCGAUUGCCUUGAUCGUACGAAUGCCGCUCAGUUUGUGAUCGGAAAACGCGCGCUGGGCCAUCAGCUCCACGCUUUGGGAAUCAUCGACGGAACAACAGUGGAGUACGAUUCGGACGCUGUCAAUCUGUUCACUGAUAUGUGGCACGAUCACGGUGACACCAUCGCUAUUCAAUACGGAGGCUCUCAUCUGGUCAACACCAUGGCAACCUACCGCAAGAUUAAUCAGUGGAGCAGUCACUCACGAGACAUGGUCGAGAGUUUCAAGCGUUACUACAACAAUUCCUUCCUUGAUGCUCAACGUCAGGAAGCAUAUAAUCUCUUCCUUGGCAAUUACAUCUUCUCCCAGGGACAGCCAAUGUUGUGGGACCUGUCCACCGACUAUUACUUGCAUCAUGCCAAUCCAAGGUCAUGGUCAAACAAAAAGCGUCCUCACUAUAUCAAUUGGUACAAUCCGGACAACCUGAAGAAGUUUGAAUUGCCGCCCCCUCCUAAGCCGCUCAAGGAACCGUUGUCGCACUAUGACGACUAUUGGCUCGAGUACUAUCGCCCGCUAGCAGUGUCAUCAUUCUCCAAGGUGUUUUCCUACAAGAUGAACUCCACCCUCCGGUAUCUGCCUUUCCGCCCUGGAUCCGGUGCUCCCUACGACAUAAGCCCGUUUGUGCCCAGAAUUCCACAUGAACCGGUGAACCGUGAACGUCAGACCCACCGAACAGUCAAAAUUCAGGAACCUGACAAGACGGCAAUCGGUCGUUCCAACUCCACAACCUCGCAAUCCAACCGGCGUUGGUUGAACCAACCCCUUUCCGCGGACAAACAGCUUCCGGCCGCAGGAAUCAUGAAACAACCCACAUACACGUCUUUCGGAACGCCUACACACACCACCGCUUCCCUUCAGUCCUCCCUGGAGCCCGGCGCCGCGCCCAGCAAAGCGCAAAUCGCUCAAUGGACCCUGGGCCAGCUCGUGCACGACUCCCUAAACCCCACCGUCACCGCCGCGGAAGCCGAAGAAUACGAACGCUACAUCAACCAUCCCCUGAAAGUGCCCCUCGUAGUCACCUCGGAGAACGAACUGACCGCGACCUCGAUCCGCGAAAACGAAGCCAACAUCGACUACAUCGAGUAUGCCAACAAAUGCAACGUCGAGGAAGCUACCCUCGAGGCCAACGCGCUCGAGAACCUAGCGGACUACGUCGAAUACCUCAACGUUCCCGAGACCGGGCUGACCGUCGUCGCGGAGGACUACGAUAAAAAGCGAUACAAGCGCUACCGGCAGUGGCUGCGGGGCAAAAGUCUUUUCAAGCAGCGCGUCGAUGCUUGA